UGUCAACCGCGACACCUACAGAAUACAGAAUUUUCAAGAGCCAAAUUGGCAUCGCGUUAUCCCUACAAUGGCUCCUGUUUCUACGAUUGAAAUAAAAAAAAGUCUUAACAGUUGAAAGAUGCCACGAAGAAAGAAAAAAUCUGCUGAUGUUAUAAGGAGGGAGGACAGAGAAAGAAAAAGAAAAAAGAGUUGCAGCACAUAUGAAAUUUCUAAUUCCUGUAUAAGUACUGAUACUGGGAAAGCAUUUCAUCAAAGUGAACAAUUAGUGACAGCAAAAAUAAAAAGAAUGUGUCGCAAAACUUCAGAAACAAAAGAUUCCUUUCAUCAAAUUGAAAAUUCGUUAGCUGUUAAAAGGUUAAACAUUUUGUUAAAGGACAGAGAAAGUCAAAGAAAAUUGGGUAUAGAAAACUGGCCUGAAAUCCAAACCAAUCCAAUAAGACAAAGAAACAGUGACACAAGAAUUAAAGACAGUAUAGCAAUAAUACCACAACAAAAUAAUGAAUCAAUUAAAGAGGAAAAGUUGGAGGAAGACGUAGAGAUGUACAUAAAAACAGAUGCGGAAGAUGAACAAAGUAACUAUGUGAAAGGUAGUAAUGAGUUUACUCAGUUUAAUCACCCACGGGAACAGACAAGAACACACAUAAGAACACACACUGGAGAAAUGUUCCACAACUGUGAUUUAUGUGGGAAGGAGUUUCUAAACAGAUAUGACUUACAGAUACACAGGAGAUCCCACACUGGAUUUAAACCUUUUAAAUGUUUAAUAUGUGGUGAAGAAUUCAGUGUAAAAAGUAGCUUUAUCUUACACACACGGAGGCACCAAGGGAAGAAAUAUAAGUCUUUAGAUUUGAAGAUGCACAUAACAACACAUGCUGUAGAUGAAGAAAGUGACUAUGAUGGAUGUAGUAAUGAGUUUAGUCAGUUCAAUCAGCCACAGGAACAGACAAGAAUGCUUCCAAUAUUAAAAACUGGAGAAAUGUUCCACAACUGUGAUAUAUGUGGCAAGGAGUUUUGUAGUAAAGAUGACUUUCAGAAACACAAGAGAAUACACACUGGGUUCAAACCUUUUAAAUGUUUGAUAUGUGCUGAAGACUUCAGUGUGAUAAGUAACUUUAAAAUACACAUGAAGAGACAUAAAGAGAAGGAAAAUAACUCUUCAGGAGAUAAGGGAAAUAACCCUUCAAAUUUGCAGAUGCACAUAAGAACACAUCCUGAAGAUGAACAAACUAACAACUAUGUGGAAUACAGUAAUGAGUUUAGUCAGUUCGAUCACUCACAGAAACAGACAAGAAUGCUCCCAAUAUUAAAAACUGAAGAAAUGUUCCCUGAAUGUGAUUUAUGUGGCAAGGAGUUUCUAAACAAAUAUGACUUACAAAUACACAGGAGAUCCCACACUGGAUUUAAACCUUUUAAAUGUUUGAUAUGUGGUGAAGACUUCAGUGUGAUAAGUAACUUUAAAAUACACAUGAAGAGACAUAAAGAGAAGGAAAAUAACUCUUCAGAAAAUAAGGGAGAUAACUCAUCAGGAUAUAAGGGAAAUAACUCUUUUGGACAUAAGGGAGAUAACCCUUCAGGACAUAAGGGAGAUAACUCAUCAGAAUAUGAGAGAAAUAACUCUUUAGGACAUAAGGGAAAUAACUCUUCAGGAGAUAAGGGAGAUAACCCUUCAGGAGAGAAGGCGAAUAACUCCUCAGGACAUACAGGAAAUAAUUCUCCAGGACAUAAGAGAAAUAACCCUUCAGAUCUGCAGAUGAACAUAAGCACACAUGCUGAAGAUGAUCAAAGUAGUGAUGGGGAAUGUAGUAAUGAGUUCAGUCAAGUAGAUCACCCACAUGGACAGAGAAAAAUGCUCAUAACACACACAAAAACACACCCAAUAACACACAUAAGAACACACCCAAUAACACACAUAAGAACAAUCACAAGAACACACCCACUACUAAAAACUGGAGAACUGUUCCAUGACUGUGAUAUAUGUGGCAAGGAGUUUAUUAGCAAAUCUAGCUUACGGGACCACAUUAGAUCACACACUGGAUUCAAACCUUAUAAAUGUGGGAUAUGCGGUAGAGACUUCAGAGUGAAAAGUAGCAUAAACAGUCACAUGAAAAUACAUGAAAGGAAACCAUACAGAUGUGAUGUAUGUCGUAAAGGAUUUACAUCAAGUCAGGCUUUAGACAAACACAUUAGAACUCAUACUGGUGGUGAUAACAAACCUUACACGUGUGAUGUAUGUGGUAACAGUUUUAGUUCAAGUCAGGCUUUAGACAAACACAUGAGAAUUCAUACUGGUGAUUGAUACGUAUAAAAACCUUACUCAUGUGAUGUAUGUGAAGAGAGGAUCUAGAUUAAGUCAGGCUUUAGACUAGACAAACACAUGAGCAUGAUGAGAAUUAAUACUGGUGAUUGAUACAUAUACAAACCUUACACGUGUGAUGUAUAUGGGGGAGGGUUUCUAUUAAGUCAAAGUUUAGACAAACACAUGAGAACUCAUACUGGUAAUGAUUUCAAACCUUACACAUGUGAUGUAUGUGGUAGAGGGUCUAGAUUAAGUCAGGGUUUAGACAAACACUUAAAAUCAUAUACUGGUAAUUUAUACAAACCUUCCUCGUGUGAUGUAUGUAGGAGAGGGUUAUUAAUUCAGGCUUUUGCCAACCACAUGGGAACUCAUACUAUUACUGGUGAUUGACAAAUAUACAAAACAAACACAUUAGAACAUAUACUGUGAAUCUAAAAUAUAAAGCUGGAAUAAACAUUUAUACAAACAAAGCAAGCAAACCAACCACAGUUUAACUCUACAAGCAUUAUAGUUAUACAUUCAUACUUCAUAUUACUUCGAAUUUUCAGCUCGAUAAACACAUAACUUCUAAGAUUUAUAGAUACUGUUUAAAAGAGAAUAAUCCUUUCACAAAUUAUUGAUUGCCUCUCAUAUUAACUAUUAUUAUUUUUCUGUUUGUGUUUUCCUUUUUUUUUUAUCCAUGGUGUUGUCAGUUAUUUUCAUAUCACAAGUUUGACUGACCAUCUGGUAUUUUUCGUCAUUAUUUUCAUACCACCGCAAAAAAAAAAACCAAACUGCACCAUAAACAUUGUUAUGAUAUUGUCGUUGGCGUCGUCCGAAGACACACAUGGUUUCUGGAUAACGAUUUUUUUAUACGACCGCAAAAAUUGAGAAUUUUUUCGUCGUAUAUUGGUAUCACAUUUGCGUCGUCGUCGUUGUCUUUGGCGUCCGAAUACUUUUAGUUUUCGCACUCUAAUGUUUGUUUUAGUCAAUAGAAAUCUAUGAAAUUUGAACACAUGAUUUAUGACCACAAAGGGAAGGUUGGGAUUGAUUGUGGAAGUUUUGGUCCCAACAGUUUAGAAAUUAGGGCCCAAAAAGGGCCCAAUUUGGCAUUUUCUUGGUUUUCGCACAAUAACUUUAGUAUAAGUCAAUUGAAAUCAAUGAAAUUUAAACACAAGGUUUAUGACUACAAAAGGAAGGCUGGGAUUGAUUUUGGGAAUUGAAGUCCCAACAUUUUAGGAAUAAGGGCCUAAAUUAAGGCCCAAAUAAACAUUUGUCUUGGUUUUCAGAUUUCAUAAAUAAAAAGAAAAUUUCUUCAAACAUUUUUUGAGAGGAUCAAUAUUCAACAGCA